AUGGCGCGGGUGGGCUGUCGGUCGACACUCAGCGCGACCACAGCCGACGGAGCCCUGACUUCGGCCAAUGUCAAUGUCACUGUCGAAAUCACGCCACGUGCUGUUGCCACAUUGUCAACAAAAGCUCAUAUAAACAAUACUGGCUUGAGCGACCCCGCGAUGACCUUGUCGCGACCUUACCCCCAGUGCCUCCUCACGCACCCGCGCCCUACUCUCUGUGCACCCCUACCAGGACUCCAUGUUAGCUAA